AUGUCGUACGGAUGGCUCACAGAGGCAACAAUACUGCCUCAAAAAGAGAGGCAGAUUCUGCAGUCAGAUGAUAAAUCUGCGUUGGCGGGUCUCAAAGCCCUCGUCGGUGAUCGGCGGAACGCUGAAGCAAACAAAGGUCCACGAACAAAUCGGCAGCGGCUGCUUCGCGAGGGUGGCAUAGACUCGGACGAAGAGGAUGCAGAGGGAAUCGUAGGCUUUAACCCGCGUCUAAAUACGUCUGUGAAGGUUGGAAUUAGUGCUGCUUCCAGCAGUAGCAGCCGUGCGAAAGCGUCCGCAUCUGGGCAAAGAGGCGGCCAACAAGAAGGCACCCACCUGAAGGCUGGGCGUGAGCGGUACAAGCAGGAGAAAAGCAGGAGCAGGUCAAGAGAACGAGGAAGCGCAAAGCGGGAUGGGAUCGGCACCGGCGACAAAUCAAAUCCAAAGGCCACGAAAGCCUCGGAGAAAGAGCGUGGAAGAGGAGAUUCCUCCUCAGAUGAAAGUUCCGACCCUGAGAAAAAAGAGGCCCGAAGAAAAACGACACUCGCCGAGAAAGCUAAGCGCUACGAACAAGUGAAAAAAGGUACGAAAGAGGUGGACCUUGAGGCAGAGUCGACCCUUUUCUUGCCACCAUCAGCGGCUGAGAGAGCCGCCCGAGCGUUUGCUGCUGCACGCGAAGCAGACAGAGAAGAUGGAGCCGAAAAUCUAAAUUUUCCAAAUCCAAUGACUCUACCUGGUAUUGGAGGUACCCUGCCGAGUGCGUGUCUAAAUUACGCUGGUGGCACAGCAUCGCAGCAGUUCAAUCAACUUGCAGGGUCCAGCUCGAGUGGUAGUAAUUUAGGAUCAAAUAAUGGCACAUCAGCAAAUGCGGCAGCGAGUAUGAUGACGCAGCACAUGUACCAGCUGCAGCAAGUGCAGAUGCAGCAGUGGAUGGCGUAUCAGGGGAUAGCUGCCGGUCAGAUGGGAAGUUUAGAUCUUAAUAAUUUCGGCACUCACGAUGGAUCAGGUGAUGGAUCUUCCAAACCUCUGGGCGCUAAAGCGCGGUUUCAGCAAGCAAAACGAAAAUAGUGAGAUAUGCAGAUGGUCCCCUGGCCACGUGGCCCUUCAAGAUUUAGACGAUCGAAAUUUCGACAUGC